UUUACUGUGAGGAAAGUUUCUAUGGACAUGUAGUAUUUAAUAUGAGAGGGGAAGUAGAGUAUUGCAAGAAAACUAGUGAGAAAACAGCUGCAACAACAACGGACUCAAAAUGUACAAUUAAUCCUCUUUAUGUAAGUGACAGUGGAGAAUACUGGUGUGGGACAGCAGGAGGGAAGAGAAGCAACAAAAUCAACAUCACUGUCACUGCUGGUUCUGUGGUCCUGGAGAGUCCUGCUGCUCCUGUGAUGGAGGGAGAAGCUGUGACUUUAAGCUGCAGAAACAAGAUGACUCCCUCAGAGUUCAUGGCUGAUUUCUAUAAAUAUGGAGUCCACAUCAGGAACAACUCAACAGGAAGCAUGACCAUCCACAAAGUUUCAAAAUCUGAUGAAGGACUUUAUAAAUGCAGCAUUUUAGGAGUUGGAGAAUCACCAGAGAGCUGGCUGCCUGUGACGGCCAGUCACUUGGAGAUUUACCUCAUCUUACGGACUUUGUUAACCAUCAUGUUGAUGGCUCUACUGCUGCUGCUGGUGGGACUUGUUCACUGUGGAACAACUGGUGGGACAGUUACAACAACUAACUUGUAUUCACCCACAUGUAACUAUAAUUGUCAUGAUACAGGAAACAGUGCAGACAAUGAUAAUGAGUAGUACAAAUAGAAAAAGACCUUUACAUGCUUCAUUAAUUAAUUAAUUUGAGACUUUUAUUUUGGUUGGUUAGGUUUCUAGAAGCAAAGAU